AUGGAUUGUGAUUUGUUAAAACCACCGGGCGAAGUAAGAGGUAUGACGGUGUUGACGGUUGAAAAAUUUAAUAAAACCAUACAAGUUCCACGUUUGUGGGUGCCAGAAGAAAAAUCACAACGUGUGCUGCCGCUAGUGAAAAAAUUGCUAUUGAAAAUGGAAAAAUUGAAACCGGUGAAGCCAUUGAAAUUCAACGAACAAGAGGGUAGAGAAAUUUUAUUACACCCUCAGCCGGUAAAGAGCUGGCAUGAUUUGCCCACUAAUGACUUGGAAAAACAUGAAAUUAAAGAGCAUAAUUUCGGUUUAACAGAUGUAAAUUUAAGCUACCACAACUGGAGAGCAGAUGAGAUUAUCAAAUCUGUGUUGCCUGUGGAUGAAGAGGGCUUAACUUCUUAUUCUAGAAUUGGUCAUAUUGUGCAUCUUAAUCUAAGGGAUCAUUUAAUGGCCUACAAAGAUCUUAUAGGCCAAGUGUUGUUAGAUAAAGUGGCCGGUUGUAAAACUGUGGUUAAUAAAGCCGCCUCUAUAGACAAUACCUACCGCAACUUCCAAUUGGAUUUAUUGUGUGGCGAAGCCCAAUAUCAAGUGGAAACUAAAGAAAAUAGUGUAUUUUUUGAAUUUGAUUUCUCGAAAGUGUAUUGGAAUCCCCGUUUAUCUACCGAACAUGAAAGAAUUGUACAAUUACUUAAAACCGACGAUGUUUUAUAUGAUGUUUUUGCUGGCGUCGGACCAUUUGCAGUGCCAGCUGCCAAGAAACGUUGUCACGUACUGGCCAAUGACUUAAAUCCCGAAAGCUACAAAUGGUUGCAACACAAUAUGAAACGUAACAAAUGUUUGAGUCAAGCUCAGGUGUUUAACAAGGACGGCCGGGAUUUUAUACUUAGAGAAAUUCGAGAAGAUCUGCUUAAGAGAUGGCAACAGCCUCUAAAUAAUAGCAAUUAUAAAAUUCACAUUACCAUGAAUCUGCCAGCCAUGGCUGUAGAAUUUCUUUCAGCAUUUAGAGGUAUAUUUGAAAACGACACUUCUAUAGAUUUUAGCCAGGAGAAUUUCAAUUUUCCUUUGGUACAUGUUUACUCGUUUGCCAAGGGCUCAAAUACCAAAGAAUUGGUAUUGAAACUGGUGGAAGAUAAUUUAAAAAUGUCAUUAAAGGACAAUUUAGAAGGAGUGCACUUUGUGCGCAAUGUGGCACCUAACAAGGACAUGUACCGGGUAUCGUUUUAUCUUACAGAAGAGAUUUUAAAGCAAACAAUUGUUGCGACUGAAGAAAACACUGAUAAAGAUGCGAUCAAACGUAAAGCUGAAGUAGACGAUGAUGUGUUGGAAAACUCAAAAUGUAAAAUUAAAUUUUCUUAGUUUUUAAAGCUGUUGAAACUGUAAUUUGUUUUAUUGAUAUUUUAAUUAAAUAAAUGUUUAUUUUUUACUUUAAAUAUUACAAUUUUGUGUAGAAAAUUAAAUAAAUGUCUAUUUGAAGAUUCGAAAAUUCCUAA